AGCCAAUUGGAUGCUGGGAAGAAAGCCCGCGCCCCCUGCAGGAUCCGGACUGACUGUCGGCAUUGGCAAUGGUAUUCCAAUGCAAUUUCUCACUGCUCAGUGGGAUGGAGUGAAUCAGACCUACAGGAGAGCAUGGAUCCUCCGGAAGAAAAAGCGAGCAAAGAGGUCGAUAUCUAUCGCGAUACAUGGGUCCGCUUCUUAGGUUACGCCAAUGAGGUGGGGGAGGCCUUCCGUGCGCUGGUGCCAUCCAGCUUGGUGUGGGGCAGCUACGCCGUGGCCACUGCCUACGUCGCCGCUGAUGCUCUGGACAAAGGGAAAAAAGCUGCUGUGGCGCACGGGGACAACCCAGGCCAGAAGACACGUGUGGUGGCGGCAGUGGCGGACACGUUCGUGUGGCAGGCCCUGGCCUCUGUGAUCAUCCCUGGUUUCACCAUCAACCGCGUAUGCGCCGCCUCGCUGCACCUGCUGGGCCGCACCACCAAGUGGCCCUUGCCUGUGCGCAAGUGGACCACCACGGCCAUUGGGCUCUCCACCAUCCCCUUCAUCAUCACCCCUAUUGACAGGUCAGUGGACUUCCUGCUGGACUCCAGCCUCCGGAAGGUGUACGGGCAUGGUGAGAAGCACGAUUAAGGAGGGGCAAAGCUGCUGCCAAGGAGGUCCACCUUUUAAAGAAAAGGGAUUUAACGGCAGAGCAUGUGAGCACACUAUGCAGGAAGAGUAUUGCUGUACAAACGUGAUUAAGCUUAUUUUAACGUUACACGGCAGGGAUGCACGUCGCUGUUGUUUUGCUGCUGAGAGUCGUGCAUUUAGCCGUACAUUGAGCCAGUUAAGCACAGCGGUUGACUACCUUGUUCUUUGGAAUUUAUGUGUUUCGGGUACUGUUAUUCCCUCUGAUGCACUUUGAUUCUAGCCACCUGUUACCUGUUAUACUCACUCACGGGAGCCAUUGAGGUUUGUACUGGAACACCGCAUUUUGCAAUAGGACACUGGAAAUGUUUCAUAUUUGCUGUACUGAGAUAUUAGCAAUGUCAACCAUUUGUCACUGUUGCUGUCUACUGGGUUUCAUGUAAUUACAAGUUCAGUGUUUGCUGGACUGCAUCUGUGCAGCAAACACCUGAAAGGGAAUAACUACUGUACGAGCUAUGCAAGUGCAAUGAAUGAGUAGUGCACGGUUCCACAUUUGCUGUCAUUUAAGGUACAUACAAUCCAGGGAGUGUUCACAUUGUUGUGUGUCAUUGUAGCAAUAACUGUCUCAGUCUCUAUAUUUGUAUUGAAUAGAACAUUUCAUAUUUUACAUGUGGUACUUGCAUGCAACCAAAAGGGAAUAGAGGUGUUUUUUUUUUGCAUACUGUAGUUGUUGUUUGUACAAGUGCGGGAAGGGGUUACAUUGUAUCAUCUUUGAACAUUAAACUUAACUAACAGUUGACAUAAAAUUGUUCAAGCAACACUGGAGAGACGAAAAAUAUGAUGCUGUUAAAUAAAUUGUCCAAUGAUG